CGGAGAGGUGGAGGAUUGGCUCAGUCAGUCAAACAGAUGCAGCUCUCCUGCUGGAGGAGCGCACAGAGAGAGAAGCGCAGUCCGAUGGAGCGGCAGCAGCGGUUUAUCCCACACUAAUGAACACACGUAAACACAGCGUUGCUUUCUUCACACGCACUUUAACGUGUUCAAAUAGGAGUUUUGUACACACCGAGGAGCCUUUAAUAAGAAAACUAUCAAACUAAAAGACAAUAUGGAUGCCCCACUGCUGUUCUUUCUGUUGCUGUUUUACGGACAUUUGCCAAAAGUUUUAUCGGUUCAGAUGUGUGACGUGGUGAACGAGAUCGAGCUGGAGAGAGAGCGCUGUGAGAAUACCUUCUUUGGGAACGUCUCUUCAGGUUGCCAAGGCAUGUGGGAUAUCAUCGCCUGUUGGCCUUCAGCCAGCGUCGGAGAGAUUGUUACAAUAACUUGCCCCACUUACUUCAGUCACUUCAGCGACGAGCACAAAGGUAACCUCUCCAAAACCUGCACAGUAGACGGCUGGACUGAGAUGCAUCCCAUUGACAUUGCCACAAACUGUGGAUACAAUCUCAACGGCACCAGCGAUGAUGGCAAGUUUUUCUGGCAAGUGAAGAUUGGCUACACCAUCGGCCACAGUGUUUCCCUCAUAUCUCUGACCACAGCUAUCGUGAUCCUCUGCAUCUUCAGGAAGCUCCACUGCACAAGGAACUACAUCCACAUGCAUCUGUUUGUGUCAUUCAUCCUGAAGGCCAUCGCUGUGUUCAUUAAGGACGUCGUCCUCUACGAGGUCGGGGAGGUGGACAACUGCUCCUCAGGCUCUGUUGGCUGCAAAGUAGUGAUUGUGUUCUUCCAGUACUGUAUAAUGGCCAGUUUCUUCUGGCUGCUGGUGGAAGGCCUUUAUCUUCACACAUUGCUGGCGGUCUCUUUCUUCUCCGAGAGGAAGUACUUCUGGGCUUACAUUCUGAUCGGCUGGGGCGGUCCGACAAUCUUCAUCACAGCUUGGAGCAUCACUAAAGCCUACUAUAAUGAUGUGGGGUGCUGGGAUAUAAUCGAGAACACUGAUGUGUUCUGGUGGAUCAUUAAAACUCCAAUUUUGGCAUCAAUCCUGAUGAACUUCAUUCUAUUCAUCUGCAUCAUACGAAUACUUCGCCAGAAAAUCAACUGCCCGGAUAUUGGAAGAAAUGAGUCCAACCAGUACUCGAGGCUGGCGAAGUCAACGCUGCUUUUGAUUCCUCUGUUUGGGAUCAAUUUUAUCGUGUUUGCAUUCAUCCCAGAGCAAGUGAAGACUGAGCUACGACUUGUUUUUGACUUGAUUCUGGGGUCGUUUCAGGGCUUUGUGGUGGCAGUCCUUUACUGCUUCCUCAACGGAGAGGUCCAAGGAGAGAUCAAGAGGAAGUGGCGAAGGUGGCACCUGCAGAGAUACAUGGGCUCGGACACCAAAUAUCAACAUCCCUCUAUUGGCAACAGCAACAACUUCAGCACCCAGAUCACCAUGUUGACACGAUGCAGCCCGAAAACACGCCGGACUUCAUCCUCCUGCCACGACGACCUGUCUAGCAUGUGACUCACACAAACAGUGAUACAGACAUACACGCUGUACAAAAUACCCUCAUGUCAAACAUUAGGGAGAAAAAGAAAUACGCACUGCCUCAUUAGCAGAUGCACCCUUGGAUGAUGUGUUGCUUGAGUGACGUGGACAAGGGAAAGUGAUGAGAAGAAAAUAGUGUGACAGCUUCUAAGCAGCUAUUUAUCCUCACGCUUCUUAAAAAUAUUAGGUAUGAGUGACAAAGAUACAAGCGCAUUGCUUCACAAGCACAGCUUUUGCACAUUUGAAUGAGAACCAUUCACUUAUUUGUGUGUCAAGAUUCAUGCACAUGUACAGCCAAAUUUGCGCGUCAAAUCAUUAUGGAUCAUUUGGUCAAUCGUUGUUAAGUUCAUUCAGACACCAGGCAAUGCAAAAUGUCACACAUUAAUAGGGUUAGGUGAUCCUAAUGUGAACUGCACCAGCAUCCUGCAAUCUGAUGUAAUUAUGCGUUGAUUAAAAAACACUUAGUGGAUUCCUGCAGCAACAAAUGAACAAGGCUUGUGUGAAGACACAGCCAUUAGGAGAAAAGGAGUUGAUGUUUUUUUUAACAGGAAAUCACAUUAUUUAUAUUGUUAGUGGGUGCAGCUAAA